UGACGUCUGAGGAGCGGCGGCGGCGGCGGCGGCGGCGGAUCGCGAGCCCGGUUCGGCCCGGUCUUCCCCAGCGCGCUCGGCCCGGCCCGCGCAGGCGGCGCCCCCCAGCCCCGGGCCCGGAGCCCCCCGCGCGAACCGCGCCGGCCCGCAGUGUGCUGGAGUGCCUGCUUGCUGUGCCCCCGGGUUAUGACGACCCCCAGUAAAGGAAACAAGGCCUUGAAGGUGAAGCGGGAGCCGGGGGAGAAUGGCACCAGCCUGACGGACGAGGAGCUGGUGACCAUGUCGGUGCGGGAGCUGAACCAGCACCUGCGCGGCCUGUCCAAGGAGGAGAUCGUCCAGCUGAAGCAGCGGCGCCGCACACUCAAGAACCGCGGCUAUGCCGCCAGCUGCCGGGUGAAGCGGGUGACGCAGAAGGAGGAGCUGGAGAAGCAGAAGGCGGAGCUGCAGCAGGAGGUGGAGAAGCUGGCCUCGGAGAACGCAAGCAUGAAGCUGGAGCUGGACGCGCUGCGCUCCAAGUACGAGGCCCUGCAGACCUUCGCCCGGACCGUGGCCCGCAGCCCCGUGGCACCGGCUCGGGGGCCCCUGGCUGCCAGCCUGGGACCCCUCGUCCCCGGCAAGGUGGCCGCCACCAGCGUCAUCACAAUAGUAAAGUCCAAAACAGAUGCCAGGUCGUAGGGGUGCGCUGGCACAGGCGGGUCUCGAGGGGCCAGAGGGCGCGUGUGGCGAAUUGGGUGGCCCUGUCCCCCCCUCCCCCCUUCCUCCUACCUCCUCCCCUCCCUGCAAAGCACAACCUGCACCUGAGGGCGCCAGCUGAGCCCCCUUUGAUCUCGUCAUCGUCGAUGUCAUCGCCUGUUUUGUAUGUGGGGUGUGGUCGGUGCUGCGGUGACACGGGAUGGCCUAGGCCCCUUGGUGCCCAGGUCCCGCAGGGAUGGGCCGGGGUGGUGAGCCUGGGGCUCACUCCUGCCUUCGAGUCCCGCCACAGCUGUGGCAGCGGGCAGGUGGUCGGGGCAGCUUGGCCUGGGCCCGGGGUGGCUCCGGCUCGGGCUGCGGGCGGGCGGGCGGGCGGGCGGGUGGGCGCUGCCGGGCGGGACCCCUGGCGCUGGUCGUGAUGUGGUGCAGGGCGUGUCAGUGUGUCCUCGGUGGUCCGUGUCACUGUUUACAUGACCUGUGUGUGGUUACAUAGCCCUUUAUUUAAAAGAGAGAAGUUCAUUUUACGAAGUUAUUAAAUUAUAUGUUUAAAAGCUAAAGAAGAAAAAAAAAACCUGCAGAGUAUUUAUAAAACUGUCUUUUUAAAAAAAUUCAAGAACAAUUGAUCGUAUAAAUGGCAAAGGGAAGAAAGUAUAGUAGAAACUUUGCUAGUUUGGGAAAAAAAAAACAAAAAAAAACCCUUCUUGUAAACUUCCAGACAAGUCUCUGUGGCUGUUGAGGUUUAGUUUUUAUAUGCAGAGUUAUCAGACUUAUUUAUAAAACUUAGUUUAAAAAAAGAGAAAAAAGCAAAAAAAAAAAAAAAAAAAAAGCUGAGCCGCAUGCCUGGGAAGGCGCGGCCACCCUGAGGCCCUCUUUGCAAUUGUACCGAAAGUGACUUACUCCCGCCCGCGUCUGUGCCUGGUGGCUCUUGUGCAGCGUCAUGUGCUGGUGCUUCUGGUGACCUUUGACCUGUGGGUGUCACUUCUUGUGUCUGUCUUCCUGUGUUUGUUCCUUGGACUUGGUUGUGUUUUUGCUUCCACUGGCUUGCGUGCACGGGGUCCGCCCGUGAGUGCCGCCCCUUCUGCCCUGGCGCUGUCGGAGCCCUCCUCACCUUGUCCCCUGCUGGCCCUCAGCUGCGCACGUGUCUUGGCGGGCAGGGUAGGUGACCCCGAGAGCCAACCUGGGCCCCUCACGCUGCUUCCGUACCCUCACUCCCAACCUCCGGCUGGGCGUGGCCGGGACUGAGGUGGUGCUGGGUACCACGGGUCCAGCUGAGCCAGGCCCUCCGUCUUCCUUCUGAACCCCGCGGCUCUAUGCCCAGCCUCUAUGUGGGCCCAGUGCUCGCUUCUCCCAGAACAGCGUCUGUGCUCUGGGGCAGACCCAGGUGGUUUGGGGGACCACUUGGGACAGCCCCCUCUUGCUUGCUCUGGGGGCCGGGUCUUCCACCAGGGCUGGAGAAGGGCUAGUCUCCGGGCCGGCUGCUGGCCUCUCUGUAGAGCUUGUCUUCCAGACACCAGCCCUUCUGCUCCUAGAGGUGCCUCUCUGGAUGCAGAGUCUGUCCCAUCCGGCAGCCCCUGGGGUGGCCAUUCUCCCAGGCUCUUCUCUGGAUGUUUCACCCACGUCGGGAGGGGCUGUUCUGUCUGCCCACUUGGGCCUUGACCUCUCCUUGGGGCCACUGGUUAGCGUUUCCAAGCCCUGAAAAGCACAGAAGUGUGGCUGGUGGGGACAUGUGUGGCCAGGCAGGGUGGACCAUGUGGGCAGGUGGGUUGGGCUAGGUGCUCACGGCCUGAGCGCGCCCCUCAGCCACUCAGCCAGGUGGCUCUCUUGGCCUCGCUGCUCUGUCACCCCUGCACUGACCUCGCAGUGGCCUUGCCCGCUGCCCGCCACUCGCUCUGUCUUCCUGGGUCAGCGCUGCAGUGCCAUCGCUGGCGGUCAUCGACCUGGGCUAGACCCAUGUGUGCAGCUGCAAAGGGGGACUAGCUCUGGCUGGGAGGGGCUCCUGGGGGCCAAGCCUCUGAAGCCCUGGGGUCUUGGGGGACUGUUUCUUGGCAUUUGGAACCACCGGGUCUUGGUGAACUGGUGCUGCCCGUCCCUCUGCCUUGGUUUCCCCACUGUGCAUCCUGUGUCCUGUGUAACUUGUGUUUCGAUUCUUGUCGGUUCAGUUUCUCCUCUUCAAGGCUGAUGUGCUGUUUCUCUCGGUUCUGCCGACAUGGUAUUGAAGAUUGGCCUUGGCCACAUCUUGCAGACCUGUGUCUCCAUCGAUGAAGCCGUAGUGCACCUUGCCCUGUGCUGGCCUGGUCCCACUCUGAGUGGGCCCUACGGAGCAGGCGGUGGCCCUGUGUGUGGGUGGCUCCUGUGGCCACUCGUGGCAGGACUCUCUGUUGGUGCUUGGUCCCUGCCUGUCCUGGCAGCCGUAACUUGGGCACGUGGCUCAGGCAGCUGCAGCCUGCAUUGGGACGGGCACCCGUGUCCUCUCCCAGCCCUGCUGUGCCCACUGUAGGCGACCGUUUGGCCCGAGCCACAGUGAGCUGGCCCGCUUCCGCUCUGGGGUCUUGCGUGUCGCUUUUUUAGGCUGUGGUUUGGUGAAAGGAACCAACACGCUAACAAUUUCUCUUCCCAGAAGCCACUGAAUCAUUCUUGUGGUGUGUUCCUGCCUUCCUGCUGGCUGUCUGGGGCUGGAGCAGGCAGAGAGAGCCGGGUCAGCCCAGGCAGGUGCCCUCCCGCUGAUACCGUCCUGCCACUGUACUGGACGCUGUGGCCGGUGCGGCCUUGGCAGUGCCUGCCGAGGACCAGGGCCGUGGUGUGCAGGGUCUGAGCCUGCCACCGGGGAGCCCUCUGCCCGGGAUACCCGUUGGGACUCGGGCCCCUUCAGCAGCCUGGUCCCAGCCCUUCCCUCUGCUCACUCCUGGAGCCUUGAAGCCACCGGGAGUGGCCCCGACGAGGCCGCCCGACCCGUCUGCUCUGCCACGGCGGCCCCGAGCAGAGAUGCGCAGAUCCUGCCUGCCCUGCCGAGGCCGAAGCUGGGGUUCGGGAGAGGGGGGGGGGAGCCCCGGCGUGUGCUGGGUGGGUGCGGUGGACGCCUGGCCGACCUGGGGCGGGCACGGGGCCCCCUGCCCGGCGCAGUAUUUAUUGCUAAAUUAUUGUCCAGGCGGGGCGGCGCUGGGCCAGACCCCCGGUAUUUAUUGCUGUACAUAGUGUACGUUUGUGAUAUAUAAGGUUUUCUUUAUUUUGUAUAUGACCAAUAAACACCUUUUAAGCAGA